AUGUUUAGCCUAUUGAUGUUAUUUGCAGCAGUUGAGAGUAGAAGUCUAUCUGAAAUUGUAUGUGAUUUGAAUCCUCGAAAUUGCAAGCCACAUAAAUCAAGUUCAAGGUCAGCGACCACUGUCAGGAGAUACCUACCGAUAGGCAGGCAGCUCGCAGCGCCAAGUGCAAGCGAGUUUGCCAGAUGGCAGAACUAUGAAAGAGGAGAAGCAGGCACAGGACUUGUCCCUGAUAUGGGACCUGGUUGGGGACCAGGUCUCGGGGACGUGAACAUUGCGACAGGUGUGGGUGUCGAAACACCUGUAGGUGGCCUUGGUAUCCGUCGUGAUUUCGAUCUCGCUUUUGGAGGAUCUGGACGAAGCGGUGGACGAAGUUUCGGCUUUGGUAAUGGUUACCAGAGGCAAAUUGGAGCAGCUCCAUGGGCAUGGCCGUAA